AUGUACUCUAGAACCCCAUUACGACGAUUAUUACAACCAGAACGAAUACGACCAUGCAACUUUAUUUGUACGCGAUGUUUAUCUUCAAAAGCACCAAUCUAUGACACUACAUCUUCGCGCAUCAAACAUUUAUCUCAACUCAAGUCCACAUAUGAUAUAAUAAAAGAGUUGAAAGAUGUUUAUUCGACUAUUGAUUCCACAUUCAUUCAAGAUGUGGUUACCGAGCUAGCAAAAUCUAGAAACGAAGAAGUAAAACUACCGUUGAACAUAUUGCGCAAUGCCAAAGCUCGUGAAUAUAUGCUAAAGGACUGUUGUGAAAUCGUCAUGAAAGAUGAUGUGGACCUAAUUUUGAGUAGCCUUGGGGUCUUGCAUAGGGCCAAGAUCCUUCCAAGGCACGAAUAUCAAGGUAAAGAUGCCAAUACUUUGAGAAUGGAGUUUUUGCAACUCUUGAUGAAUGAAAAUCAAAUUGCGUUGGCGACAAUGUGUAUUUUGAAUUAUAUCGUAAAUGACAUCGAAGUCCCUUAUCCGAAAAUUAAAUUGCUCAUUGAUAUCAUUAGUUCAAGUUCACUCACGGACUUUCCCAUGAAUUCGUAUUGUCUACUACAGGUUUUGCGCAUAAGUACCCGAAUAGAUCCUUUGGAGUUGUUUACUAGCUUGAUGUAUUUGAGUUCAAAUGUUAAUGGAAACUAUUUUGCAAACCACUUGUUUUUUAAGUAUGUUGACGAUGAAGUAUUUGCCAGGAUGUCUAUUCAGCAGCAACAUUGGAUUAUACUAUCAAUGCUAGAGGUGAAUUUGGAAAAUAGCGAUGCCAUAAAAGCACUAAAAAUUUGGCAAGUAGCUAAACCAAUUGUCUUAAUUAGCGCCCCUUCGGCGAAUCAGAUUUCCUUGUAUGUGGAGAAAUUGAUCAAUGCAUUUCAGCUUCAUCACAAUGAAACCCUCAUUGAGCAAGAGAUAAAUAAUUUACCAGCUUGUCUUGACACAGAUUAUAUGAUUGAUUACAAACUUUUCUUUUACGCCCAGCAUUCUGCUGACAAGUUUCACACCCUAGUGAAGACACUACACAGUCCACUACGAAGGUCGUCGCUUACUUCUUUGCUUAGAAGCUUUAUUCAACUUCGAGAUGAAUCAAAUGCUGAAAAGAUUGUCUCCACAAUCUUUGCCCAUUCUACUAUUAACAGUGAAGAAUUGCAGACGAUUGUCGAAACGUUACUCCAAAAGGGUAAAGUAUCCGAAGCGUUGUCAAUGGUACAACGAAUGAAUCUAGAAACUAGCAAAUUUAGUUACUUGAUGAUGUUCAAACAUACAUGGAAAAACAGAGAUCAAGCUUUUUUCAAAGAAUUUUAUUUGAAAUUUAUGAAUUUAAAUUAUGAUGAUCUGUUAUUAGAAUUGUUUACAAUUGAGCUUAUUAGAGCUAUAUCAACAAUCAAUAAUCGACAAGCAGUGCGAUACUAUGUUAAUUUCCUUAAAAAGGUUGAUUUUCGACCGUACAAAACGAAUGAAUUAUAUCAACUAAUUGAUUUCAAACGGUACGGAUUUUUGGACGAGUUUAGUCAAUUGGUCCGUCUAACUCCUUUUGGUAUGGUUGAAUGUUUGAAGAUCCUAUCAAAGCAAACUGUCCUUGACCGCGAUCCUAUAAGUUUGCGGUGGUGCUUUGAAGAGUUUAGGAAAAGCGGUUGGGAAGUUAGUACCAUUGUUGAAUACUUGGAGCACUUUGAUACAGACGGUUAUUUAAGACAAAUACUAAAAGAGAGAGCAUUUAAAUAG